GCCCUUUGCCUUGGCUUCUGACAGAAAGGCUUUAGAAUCAGAAGGCAGCACCCUUACUGGAAGCAGUGAGGGAGGUCCCCCCAGUCUCCAGCUAGAAGAAUCCAGGACAUCUGAGAGAUGGAGAAAAGAGAACUAAAGGUUUCUGUGCCAAAAUUUGACAAGAUCCCUUGGCUUAGUGAGGCCAGCCGCAGCAACAAGCCACUGGUGCUCAGCCUUCCCAAAAGUCACAGGUCAAAGGGCAGAACUCUGAACAUCCACACUCCAAGUGGCCUUCCUGCCCUGCCCAGGGGCAGUCCUGGAGCAGAUGCCGUGGUCUGUGUGUCUGGAGCAGUUCUCACUAAAGAGAGACAGAAAGGAAACAGAGGCUCAGAGACUGAAAGACCCGGGAAGAGGAAGACAAACAGCAAAACAGAAACAGAGGCCAGGAGGGACAAGAGUAACCCCAUGCUGAUCAGAAGCAAGCAGCUAUGCUCCACAUGUCAAGAAAUAAAAAUGAAAAGAAAGAGGACAGCAAGGGGAAAUGGAGGACACAAGGACAAAGCCCUACCAUCUGUCAGAGCUGCCGCAGAAAGAGGCCCGUGUCCGCACCGUGUCCGCACGGAUGCCAUACAGGUACAACCAAGAACUUUGAUAAUCCCUCAUAAUCUGAAGCUAUCCUUUGAGAAUUUAAUGAGUCAUAGAAUGAUGAGUCUUCCUCCACCAAAAGCCAAGACUGAAUCCAAACAUUCCUGUAAUGACAUCUCAACAGGAAAAAUUGAAGAAGUACUUAUCGACCCCUACUCUGCACGCUGCCUGCCUCCUCCUCUAAGCAAAGAAGAAAGGAACCUGAGAAUGCACAAACCCUCUUAAACAGGGCUAAGGUUCAUGCGAACAAGUAAGAAACCCUCAUCCAGGUAUGAGUGUGCUCAAAUCACAGUCACCAAGUUAAAAUGUCUUUGUAAUGUGGAGGGUAGACCAAAGAGGGUUGUUUCUUAUUACCUAAACAGUGUAUCAAUACCAGGAAUACUUUCCUUUCCUCUUUGGUAAUAAACAUUCUUCGUUAAGACAAAUAGAUAAUUAUUUCCAUUCUCCCACAAUUUACAUCACUCAUAGAGUUUUUGUUCAAAGUUUCUCCAUUUCUCAUGUUGCUAAGUUAAUAGGUCUUCUUGCUUGUGAGUGCUUAGGAUGGGUGUUCUGUGGGAUGUGUUUGUUAGAGACACACAUAGUCAGCCACCGUGAGUCCUUUCAGCCAAUACAUCUUCUCCACUGCCCACUGGAUGGAUCUGGAGCCUGAUGCAGGGGUUUUGGUUAUGGAGUGCACAAAUGCCCCUGGGCCCACGUUCCACCUGCAGCACGUGUACUUUCUCCCCAGUUCUGUCCUGUCUGGGAGGUGGGAGCCCUGGAUGGGGUGGGAAAGGUGAGAGCCAAGCCAGCAAGGCUCUGUAAGGCGCAUACCUUCCCUACCACACAAAUAAGCAUCAUGUAAAAGACAGGUCUCACGUCAACUAUGCUUCAGUUGAAACAAAAGAAAAUAAAACUGGACAGGUCUCAGACUACUUUUCUCUUUACAGAUUCUCUUCUACAUCACUCAUCUCAAUCAACUUUUUGCAUGUCACUUGAUCCCUGGAGAUCUACCCUUGGUUUUCCUAGACUUCACUUUACUAAUUGUUCUCUUUCAUUUUUUCCAAAGAUCAUUCUUUGGAAUCCCCCUGCCACGUUUGGGUUGGCUCCUCUCAGUUUGGCAAAAGAGAUAACAGAAGGAUCUGAGAAGUCAAGGGGUAUGGGUUUGGCCCUUGACCCUUUCACUUGCUGGCUGUGUGACUUUGGGCAAGCGACUUGACCUCUCUAAGCCUCAGCUUCCUCAUCUGCAAAACAAGGUCACUAUGAGUCCUUUUCUUACAAGUGGUGUUGAGCAAAAGUGAGAACACGUGCCAAACUCCUAGCAAAUAUCUCUGUGGCAGACACUUAAACAUGUUAGCCGUUCAUGAUGUUACUUCCGUCCUUGACACUAUUGUUCUCAUCGGUAGAAGUGGAGUUUUCAUGGCACAACGUUGCCUCGAGUGUCUUGGGUGAGACUCACACCCCAGCCCUAGCCUGGCUCUACCUCCAGAGAUCCCCAUGGCCCACAUCCCCGAGCUCGUAGAAUGGAGGCCAAAUGUACCUCCAAGCACAGAGCUGUGUGAUAAUCUGUCCCUUGAGAUGUUCUGCGAGUUUAUUUUGGAUACGAAAAUCCUUAAUGAUCCUUUUAUUUUGUUUGCCCUGUGCUCUGUUAUUGCUGAUAUGAAAGUAUGUCUAGAAAAUAGAAGUCUUUUCUUCAAUUUACACUUGAGAAACACUGACUUCUUUUUUUAUUGUUAUUAUUUCUAAUGUUUAUUUAUUUUUGAGAGA